CAGACUCUGGCCUCCUUCCACCUCCACCAGCCCAACAGAGAGCUCCACUUCAACUCCACUCCACUGGACACUUACCUAAACUGUCCCCGCUUCUUCCCGCCGCGCCCCACUACUCCCACCGAGCAUGCGGCGCCUCCUGGCCUCCGUCGAGCGCCUGGCCGCGGUGGCCGCCGCGACGCCGGCGGCGGCGGCGUCGUCCGUGGGCGUCCACACGGACACGUUCCUCAUCCUCGCCGCCGUGCUCUGCUUCCUGCUCUGCGUCGUCGGGCUCGCCUUCGUCGCGCGGUGCUCGCGGCUGUGCAACCCCUCGGCCUACUCCGUCGACGCAGGGCCCGGCGGCGGGGCGGCAAUGCCGCCGCCGGCGGCGCGCAAGGGGGUGGAGAAGGAGGCGCUGCGGAAGCUGCCGACCGUGCCGUUCGAGGGGGCGGGGGGCGACGGCGGGGAGCGGCCGGAGUGCGCCAUCUGCCUCGCCGAGUUCGCGCGCGGGGACGAGGUCCGCGCGCUCCCGCCGUGCGGCCACGCCUUCCACGCGGCCUGCGUCGACACCUGGCUCCUCUGCACCUCCACGUGCCCCUCCUGCCGCAGCGCGCUCGUGCUGCUGGCGCCGGCGGAUCCUCCCCGUUGCUGCGCGUCGGCGCAGGCGGCCCCCGCGGGGCCAGAGUACUCCGCCACCGUCGUCGUCGAGCGCGGCCCUUGCCGGACGUCGGUGCCGUAGGCUGGCGAGCGCCCGUCCACGGGCACCAACACCUUGUACAUACUCCACACCGUGCACGUACAUACGCGCUCUGAAAUCCCCUCCUUCCUGCCACGAUCACUGAUGGAUUGCUGAAGCUGUACAGUGUGCAAUGGUGAUUCAGUCCAUCGCUUGUACGUCCGCUUGGGACAUUUUAACCCGAUCUGUGAAUACCAAGUUAAAAAGGCUUUCUUAA